AUGGUGCUUUGUCGUGUCCGAUUGAACUGCGUGGAUCACUACCAGGCAUAUCCCGGACCGCUCGAUCCCCCACUAUGGGGUGACCCCUCCUUGUUGUCGCAAAGAAAUCUCCCUCAAGUUCCUGUGAUUCGCGUCUUCGGCGCAACAGAGACUGGCCAAAAGAUAUGCCUACACAUCCACGGCGCAUUCCCAUAUCUUUACAUCGAGUACACAGGCCCCAUCGAUCGCGCCUCUGUCGACGAGUACAUUGCAACCCUCCGAGUAUCCAUCGAUCAUGCCCUGGCAGUAUCAUAUAGAAGAAACACCGCAGACGCAAAAGCUAUCUUCGUCGCCCAUAUCAGCCUUGUGAAAGGUGUUCCCUUCUUUGGCUAUCAUGUCGGCUACAAAUACUUUCUCAAGAUCUACCUUCUCAAUCCAUCCAAUAUGACUCGUCUGUCCGAUUUGCUCCAUCAAGGCGCCAUUUUGAAGAAACCUUUCCAGCCAUACGAGAGCCACAUGCAGUUUCUUGCCCAAUGGAUGUGCGACUUCAACCUGUACGGCUGCAAUUAUAUCGACACAGACAAUCCCUUCUUUCGUGAUCCAGUCCCUGACGUCCACGAGCUCACCAAUCCUGAUCACGAGUGGCACGACAAGUCUAUCCCGGAUUCACAGCGUCUGAAUGUAGACCAGUUCCAACGCCAGAGCCAUUGUAGUGUCGAAAUUGACAUUCGUGUACAAGACAUUUUGAACAGAAACGAGGUCAAGGAUAGAUCAUUGCAUCAUGAUUUUGUCGAACGACUCAACCAUCUGGCACCUGAAGAAAAGUUCGUACAGUCUAUGGCUGGCUUGUGGAGAGACGAAACAAUCAGGCGCAAGAAGCGCAUGGGUAUCACAGAUCCCGGCAGCAGUCCCUUCCCGCCAGAAGUUCUCGUCUCCAUGUCGCACGAUCCCCGCAACACUGAAAAUGGCGGUUGGAUACACGAGGAGGAGUUUCGCAAGCUUGUCGAAGAGCUUGCCAAAGACGAACGAGAGAGGAUGGGUGGAAGCGCUCCAUCAUUUGAUACCUUUGUCAAGCCUCGCGAAGAAGGAUUCCCUGUUCAAACUACUCUUGAGAGUGUGGAAGAGCUCUUUCACGAAAAGUGGCAGUUCGCUUCCGCAGAUGCACCUCAACACCUCACGCAAAGACUUGCUGAAGUGGUUGGUUUCACCGAGAAUGAUCAGGGUCAUCCUGGUGAGACUGUCAAUUCGAGACGCAAGAACUUCAAAGUCAAGGAUUGUGUAUCGACUUCUCAAGUCAUGGCGGAAGCUGAGGCCGAUGAGGGAAGUGACUUGCUCAACGACCUUCCUCCUGCAUCUACACAAUUGCCAAAUAGCCAGGACAGUAGCAAAAGGAGAAUUUCACAGACUUAUCCAGUUGUGAAGAACCCGCAUGAUACUGAGUCCAUUCUGCGUCUCAGUCAAAGAGAGAAUGUACCUGGACAGAGAAAUACCACGACACCUGCGAAGUCGAGCCAGCUCAGGCAACAUGAACUCUCAUCCCCGUCCUUCGGCAAAUCAAGGUACACUGCAAAUGCUACCCCUUCAAGGCAGACCGUCAUUUCUCCUGCUGCGAGGAAGCUAGCAAGCAAUUAUUGUAAGAGUUUCGAUGAAGGCGUUAAUGGCGUUGUCAUCUUCGCUCAAGCACCGCCAAAACGAACGGACGUCUCGACAACAAUGAUCGAUCACGGGGCUCCACCAGUAAUCUAUCAAGAUGCAUACUACAGUGAUGAAGUUGAUGUACCUGAGCGAUCGAGAGAGUAUGCUGGCCAAGAAUUCAAGCUUGAAAGCAACACCGUUCCAUUUCUACCGGAAUUUGAUCCCACAGGCGAGUCUGAUGCCUCUCGAGGAGCCAAAGUUCCAAUUGUUCUCGACAAAGCCAAAGAAGAGCUUGAACAUCAGGCUCGACGGCAAGACUGUUUCCUCAAACGCUGGGAAAUCGAAGCUCGUCCUCCGUCUGUCUCGGAAGUACAGAGCUGGCUGCGCGCUAAGUGUCCGACUGUCGAACCUGCUCUGGAGGAGGACGACGGCGAGAUUGAUCAUCCUCCAUCUCAGCAAGACUUUCUGAAGCGCAGUAAACAGAUGCUUUCGCAGAUUGAAGGUCCAACCCAACGAAACAAACAUGGCUUCAAAUUUUCUCAGAGGAAGAAAUCAACAAGUGUGCAGCACGCGGUUCAAUACAUGUCUAUCAUGAGUCUUGAAGUCCAUGUCAAUUCUCGAAGUGAUCUGGCUCCUGAUCCUGAGCAUGAUGAGAUCGCAUGUAUCAUUUGGUCGUUGAAAGCAGACGAUACUGAUCUUGUUGGGAAUGCUGGACAUGACGACAAAUACGUUGGAGUCAUCGUGUUGUCUACUGAAGAAGAUCUGGCUGAACGUAUGCGAAAGUCAAUUGGCGUGGAUGUCGAGGAAGAAGACAACGAGCUGGACGUUUUGAAUCGAUUGGUUGACAUUGUUCGUGAAUAUGAUCCGGAUAUUCUCACUGGUUACGAGGUACACAACUCGUCAUGGGGCUACCUGAUUGAACGUGCUCGUCUACAGUACGAGUUCAAUUUGUGUGAAGAGCUUUCCCGUGUCAAAUCUCAGUCUCAUGGUCGCUUCGGCAAAGAUGCAGACAAAUGGGGAUUUGAGCAUACAUCGACAAUCCGCAUUACUGGUAGACACAUGAUCAACAUUUGGCGUGCUAUGAGGAGCGAACUCAACUUGCUGCAAUACACCAUGGAGAAUGUUGUGUUCCAUCUUCUUCACAAGCGCAUUCCUCACUACUCUUUCGCGGACUUGACAAGAUGGUAUAAGAGCUCAAAGCCUCGAGACCUGGCGAAAGCACUGGAUUAUUUCAUCACUCGUGUCCAACUUGACCUCGAAAUUCUUGACGCGAACGAACUAGUGCCUCGUACGUCUGAACAAGCACGAUUACUUGGUGUCGACUUCUUCAGCGUCUUUAGUCGAGGUUCGCAGUUCAAAGUCGAGUCACUCAUGUUUCGAAUUGCCAAACCCGAAUCUUUCGUCCUUGUGUCUCCUAGUCGAAAGCAGGUCGGCCAGCAAAAUGCCCUUGAAUGUUUGCCUCUUGUCAUGGAGCCUCAAAGUGCUUUUUACAACAGUCCCCUGCUUGUACUCGACUUCCAAAGUUUGUACCCGAGUGUGAUGAUUGCAUACAACUAUUGCUACUCCACAUGUCUUGGUCGCAUCACUCCAUGGCGAGGACAGAACAAGAUGGGUUUUACAGACUUCAAGCGUGAUCCUGGUCUACUUGAUCUUGUCAAAGAUAAGCUGAAUAUCUCUCCAAAUGGUAUGAUGUACGUCAAACCUGAGAUGCGCAAAUCAUUACUUGCCAAAAUGUUAGGCGAGAUUUUGGAGACUAGAGUUAUGGUCAAGUCAGGCAUGAAAGUGGAUAAAGAUGACAAGACACUGCAACAACUUCUCAACAAUAGACAACUUGCCUUGAAGUUGAUUGCCAAUGUCACUUAUGGCUACACAUCAGCGUCUUUCUCUGGUCGCAUGCCGUGUUCAGAGAUCGCAGACUCUAUCGUGCAAACUGGCAGAGAAACGCUCGAAAAAGCCAUUGCACUCAUCCACUCAGUCUCGAAAUGGGGAGCUGAAGUCGUCUACGGCGACACAGAUUCCCUCUUCGUCUACCUCAAAGGCCGCAGCCGCGAAGAAGCCUUUGUUAUUGGUGAUGAAAUCGCAAAAGCGGUAACCGACAUGAACCCACGCCCCAUCAAAUUGAAGUUCGAAAAAGUAUACCAUCCCUGUGUGUUGUUGGCUAAAAAACGCUACGUCGGCUUUAAAUACGAACACCCCUCCCAAACAGAACCAGACUUUGACGCCAAAGGCAUAGAAACAGUGCGUAGAGAUGGUACUCCUGCCGAACAAAAAAUCGAAGAAAAAGCGCUGAAACUGCUGUUUCGCACUUCUGAUUUGUCGCAAGUAAAAGCAUAUUUCCAAGCCCAGUGUCAUAAAAUCAUGACUGGCAAAUUCUCGAUUCAGGAUUUUUGCUUUGCGAGAGAGGUAAAGUUGGGCACGUAUUCGGAUAAAGGAGCUGCUCCUCCUGGUGCGCUGAUUGCUACGAAACGUAUGCUCAAAGAUGCGAGACAAGAACCGCAGUAUGGGGAACGAGUUCCUUAUGUGGUUAUCGCUGGCGGGCCAGGUGCACGCCUUUUCGAACGCUGUGUCGAACCCGAACGAUUGCUUUUCGACGAACACGCAGAACUCGAUGCCGAGUACUACAUCAGCAAAAACCUCAUCCCGCCUCUUGAACGCAUAUUCAACUUGGUAGGCGCGAAUGUGCGCGCUUGGUAUGAUGAGAUGCCUAAAGUGCAAAGGGUACGCAAUAUCGGCGCUGCAGGCAAAGGUGGUGGAAAUAAGACUAUGGAGUCGUACAUGAGCAUUUCCACCUGUGUGGUGUGUAGAGUCAAACUCUCCGCCCCAGCGCCAGGAACAAUCACCCUUCCCCUCUGCGCUAAAUGUGCAGCCACACCAUCACUGACUCUUCUUGCUCUGCGCAACAAACUCCGUGCUGCGGUGACCAAAAAGAACGAUUUGGAUACUGUAUGCAGGAGUUGUGCUGACAUACCCAACGGCGAUGAUGUCAAGUGCGACAGUAGAGAUUGUCCUGUUUUCUACAGUAGAGUCAAAGCUACCGCCAAACUCGGAGUGGAAAAGGAGAGGUUGGAGGGCGUUAUUGAGGCGAUUGAGAAAUUAGAGGAAAAGAAGGUUAGGGAGAUGUUUGAGUGGUGA